AUGUUCUUCACUAAUCAAACUCAGUUUAACACCACUGUUAAUCUGCAGCGUGAGGGACUUCUGGGAAUAGUGACAACUUCCAUAGUGACAACACUGCAGUGCACCGUGUUUCUUUUCAUUAACCUGACCAUGUUGUACACUCUGAGGAGUAAACAGGUGUUUCGAGACACCUCUCGAUAUAUUCUCCUGUAUAACCUUCUGUUUGCAGACACCGUGCAGCUGGCACAUAGUCAGUCACUGUUUCUGCUGUCGUCUUUCAGAUUAACGCUGCUGUAUCCUGUGUGUGCUGCUCUGACAGCUUUCAGCAGCCUAAUGUUCUCUGUCUCUGUCGUCACGCUGGUCAGUAUGUGCUUAGAGAGGUACAUAGCUGUAUGCUAUCCUCUCAGACACAGCACCAUCGUCACCACCAGAAACACAGGGGUGGUUAUCUGUGUUAUUUGGUGUGUCAGUUUAUCACAUGUCGUUACACAACUGAGUUUAAUGCUAAAGUUUUCAUUUCAAGACCUGCAGCACACAAAGAUGAUGGAUUUCUGUGGAAAGGAGAGUGUUUUUCUUGAUCCAUCGUCUGAUCUUUACGACAGAGCUUUCACCUAUUUCCUGUUCGUGUUAGGAGGUGUAACCGUCACCAUCUCUUAUACUGGCAUCAUGGUAGCAGCUCGCUCAGCCUCCACUGACAAGGCUUCAGCCAGCAAGGCUCGAAGGACUCUGCUGCUGCAUCUGCUGCAGAUGGGCCUCACAAUGUCCUCCACCAUAUACAACUCACUGAUUAUAGCCAUCUCAAAGCAUCUUGGGAGACUUGAAGCUGUGCGUGUCCAGAUUUUUCUUUAUAUUUGCAUAAUUGUCCUUCCUAAAUGUCUGAGCUCCCUCAUCUACGGCCUCAGAGACCAGACCAUCAGACCCAUCCUCAUGUUGAACCUCAGCUGUCAUUGCAGAGGCUCCGUUUUCAUUCCUGUUGUACAAACCAACAAAAAAGUCAGAAUACAUGUUACUUAA